GCAAACGGGGGAUGUCUACCCCCCUCUGUCUUCCGCUCUGCGGCGGCGAAUCGAUCGCUUCUAGGUGUUCACGAUGGUUGUUUCCACGACCUGAAUCUGAUCUGGUGGUGCCGACUGACAGAUCUCGUGUCUCGGCCGAUUUGCUUCGCUCGAUGGCCUGUUCUUGGCGAUCGGACGGACCCUCCCUUCGAUCGCUGUUGGUGGAUCUGGGACCUUGGCCACGCCCUUGAUCGAUUCCCCUGGAGGUGUUUGGCUUGAGAUCCUUUUGUCAAGGUCUUUGAUUUCUUGCGGAUGCAGCUGGUCUUCUGAUGUAGAAGCUCAUUCUUGGAUCUUGAGAUCUUGGGUUCCUUAUUAGUGUCUUAGAUACGGAAUGCCGUUUGUGGGGAAUUAGGGAAGGAGCGGAUGAUGCGCUGGAAGUGUUAUCGUGAAUAAUUAAGACUCGAUGGCUAUUAUCCAAUGAGCGAGCUGGGUAUAAUUAUAUGAUUGCUGAUAGUCAAACUACUCAUGCAAGCAAUCUUGAGAGAAAAGGAAAUACAUUGCAAACUGGGAACCAUGGUUGCCACUCCAAGUUAUCUGUUACAGCUUUUAGGAUCCUUUAGUCAGGAGUGUGGUUCUUUUCACAUGUAUUUAUUGGCUUGCCUACCUUUAGAAAAUAAUGGGAGCUUACUGGUGAAGGAGGAGGACAAGGAUGCAUUUGAUAAAGUUGUGAAUGUUGAUAGCUUGAGUGUUAAAAAGCUUAUGGUGAGCAACCAAACUGGAGAUAGUUAUACUGAUCAAAGAUCUAAUGAUAGUUUUUUUCCUGGACUCUGUGAUGAUGUUGCACUAGUUUGUCUGGCCUUCAUAUGUAGGUCUGACUACCCUUCACUCGCCUGUCUGAACAGAAGGUUUAACUCACUGAUUCGUAGUGGUUGUCUUUAUAAAUUAAGGAGACAGCAUUGUGUUAUUGAGCACUGGGUUUACUUGGCAUGUAGUCUAAUGCCUUGGGAAGCGUUUGAUCCUUUCAGGCGUAGAUGGAUGAGGUUGCCAAGGAUGCCAUGUGAUGAUUGCUUCUCUUGUGCAGAUAAGGAAUCUCUAGCUGUGGGAACCCAGCUGCUUGUUUUUGGACGUGAAGUAUCUGGCUUUGUUAUAUGGAUGUACAGUUUAGUAAGGCGUGACUGGUCUAGAUGCCCACCUAUGAACUUAUCUCGCUGCCUUUUUGGAUCUGGGGGCUCUGGGGAAAUUGCUAUCGUUGCUGGUGGAAGUGAUUCACAUGGUCGCACUUCAAAAUGUGUGGAGAUGUACAAUUCAGAGACUGGCACUUGGGAGACUCUACCAGAUAUGACUGUCCCAAGGAGAUUAUGUUCUGGCUUCUUUAUGGAUGGUAAGUUUUAUGUUAUAGGGGGCAUGUCCAACCAUACAGAUUCUUUAACUUGUGGUGAGGAAUAUAAUCUUCAAACAAGGGUAUGGCGAAGAAUUAGGGAUAUGUAUCCUGGCGGUAAUAGAGCUACUCAAUCUCCACCUCUUGUUGCAGUUGUAAAUAAUCAGCUUUAUGCUGCAGAUCAAUCUACAAAUGAAGUUAAGAAGUACGACAAGGCAAAUAACACCUGGAAUGUCGUAAAACGAUUGCCUGUGAGAGCCGACUACUCCAAUGGUUGGGGCCUUGCUUUCAAGGCAUGUGGCGAUAAACUGUUAGUGAUUGGUGGUCAUAGAGGGCCUCAAGGUGAAGUAAUUAUUCUGCAUUACUGGCGUCCUGAAGAUGGAAAUGCAGGUGGAGCAGAGUGGGAUGUGCUUUCUAUUAGAGAAAGAGCUGGCGCUUUCGUCUACAACUGUGCAGUAAUGGGUUGCUAAUUCAGGUAUCACAUUCAUAUAAUUCAUGGACUUCUAAGGGUUGGGCAUAUUCAAUUCAUGGAACUGCUUAUUUUACUGGGUAAUUUUUUUUGCUUCCAAGUGCCAACAUGAUAAUUUGUAGUCAGAUGAUUUACGCUACUUUGUGCUCUUGCAAUUUAAGGUCUCUAGACACAAAGUAGACCAUUCAAUUGAUCUGAAUGCUUCUUUAAUCUCACACGCAGUUGCAUGAGAUUAACGAUUGUUAAUGUCGCAUCUUUUAUGCCUUUUCAUUUGAUUUCUUAAACUAAGAUUUGCUUAGCAAUGCUUCGAGUUUAUAUUACAAUGGAGUUGGCUUAUCUUUUUGUGUUGUGCUCUCUUAAUCGGAGUUUAAGAAAAGAGAAAAAAGUGAUUCUUUUCUAUCCUUUUUCUGUAAAUUGUUGUAAAACUAUCAGAAAGUUAUAUAAAUCUACUGGUUGAUAAUC